GGGGCGGUCCCAACAGAGGGGCGGGACAGAGCCGCGCUACAGGACAGACGAUCUGGGCACUUUGGGGUCACGUGCUCAUUCCGUUUCCUUACCCUCGCCCCCCGCAACCUUAUCCCGCCCCUGGGGGUUCGUGGGCAUUUUUCAGGAACUUUCUUUCCGGCUUGAGAAGCCGCCACUCCCAAGAUGGAGGUACGUUGCGCCGCCAUUAAGAGCUAGCCCUCAGAACCAUCCUCUCUAAGGCUUCACAGUCCUGCCCAAGAUGGCCGUCUCGGCUUUGGCACCGCCCCUACUCCUGACUCUCCCAACAUGGCUACCCUGACUCCCCGUUCGCGGUGCGGGACGUACGACCGGAAGUGACGGGUCCAGGCAGUUCCGCUUUCUUUCUGCAGCAGGAACCGUGGCUGCCGGACAAGAGGGGCGCGGUGGAUACUGACCUUUGCUCCGGCCCCGUGUAGCGUGAAGACACAGCGCGUCUUCCCGCUGUCGGCUUCCUCCCACAGAACCCGUUUCGGGCCUCAGAGCCUCUGGCGAGAUGCUGCUGCCGCUCCUUCUGCUACUACCCAUGUGCUGGGCCGUGGAGGUCAAGAGGCCCCGGGGCGUCUCCCUCACCAAUCAUCACUUCUAUGAUGAGUCCAAGCCUUUCACCUGCCUGGACGGUUCGGCCACCAUCCCAUUCGAUCAGGUCAACGAUGACUAUUGCGACUGCAAAGAUGGCUCUGACGAGCCAGGCACGGCUGCCUGUCCUAACGGCAGCUUCCACUGCACCAACACUGGCUAUAAGCCCCUGUAUAUCCCCUCCAACCGGGUCAACGAUGGUGUUUGUGACUGCUGCGAUGGAACAGACGAGUACAACAGCGGCAUCGUCUGUGAGAACACCUGCAAAGAGAAGGGCCGUAAGGAGAGGGAGUCCCUUCAGCAGAUGGCCGAGGUCACCCGCGAGGGGUUCCGCCUGAAGAAGAUCCUUAUUGAGGACUGGAAGAAGGCGCGGGAGGAGAAGCAGAAAAAGCUCAUUGAGCUCCAGGCUGGGAAGAAGUCUCUGGAGGACCAGGUGGAGACGUUGCGGACAGUGAAGGAAGAAGCCGAGAAGCCAGAGAAAGAGGCCAAAGAGCAGCACCAGAGGCUGUGGGAAGAGCAGCUGGCUGCCGCCAAGGUCCAACGGGAGCAGGAGCUGGCGGCUGAUGCCUUCCAGGAGCUGGAUGACGACAUGGACGGGACGGUCUCAGUGACCGAGCUGCAGACUCAUCCAGAGCUGGACACAGAUGGGGACGGGGUGUUGUCGGAAGCGGAAGCUCAGGCCCUCCUCAGUGGGGACACACAGACAGACGCCACGUCUUUCUUCGACCGCGUCUGGGCCGCCAUCAGGGACAAGUACCGGUCCGAGGCACUGCCCACUGACCUUCCAGCACCUUCUGCCCCUGACUUGACGGAGCCCAAGGAGGAGCAGCCACCAGUGCCCUCGCCACCCACAGAAGAGGAGGAGGAGGAGGAGGAAGAAGAGGAGGCUGAAGAAGAAGAGGAGGAGGAGGAGGAUUCCGAGGUGCAGGGGGAGCAGCCCAAGGAGGCCCUGCUGCCACUGGCACCCCCGCAGCCGGCCAGCCCUGCCGAGGAAGACAAGAUGCCGCCGUACGACGAGCAGACGCAGGCCUUCAUCGAUGCUGCCCAGGAGGCCCGCAACAAGUUCGAGGAGGCCGAGCGGUCGCUGAAGGACAUGGAGGAGUCCAUCAGGAACCUGGAGCAAGAGAUUUCUUUUGACUUUGGCCCCAAUGGGGAGUUUGCCUACCUGUACAGCCAGUGCUACGAGCUCACCACCAACGAGUACGUCUACCGCCUCUGCCCCUUCAAGCUUGUCUCGCAGAAACCCAAACUUGGGGGCUCUCCCACCAGCCUCGGCACCUGGGGCUCCUGGGCUGGCCCUGAGCACGACAGGUUCAGUGCCAUGAAGUAUGAGCAAGGCACGGGCUGCUGGCAGGGCCCCAACCGCUCCACCACCGUGCGCCUCCUAUGCGGGAAAGAGACCAUGGUGACCAGCACCACGGAGCCCAGUCGCUGUGAGUACCUCAUGGAGCUGAUGACGCCGGCCGCCUGCCUGGAGCCACCGCCUGAAGCACCCACCGAAGACGACCAUGACGAGCUCUAGCUGGAUGGGCGCAGAGAACCUCAAGAAGGCAUGAAGCCAGCCCCUGCAGUGCCGUCCACCAGCCCCGUGUCCGGGGCUGCCUGUGGCUCUGUUGCCCUCCUCUGUGGGGGCAGGACUUUGUGGGGCUUCGUGCCCUGUUCUGGGGCCCAAGCAAUGCUGGUCCACAUUCCCAGGCCCCAGCGGCCUCCAAAGAUGGGUAAAGGAGCUUGCCCUCCCUGGGCCCCCCACCUUGGUGACUCACCCCACCACCCCUAGCCCUGUCCCUGCCACUCCUCCUGGUGGGGACCAGUGAAUGACUUGACCUGUGACCUCAAUACAAUAAAUGUGACCCCCCACCCAAA